AUGUUUCGACACAUAAGCGCUGCUGCUUCCCCCUCCUUUUCCUUCGAAUCGCUUAUUCGGCAGAAAAGCCCUGACACCACAAUCGCGCAACAAGGUGCCGAUUUCCAGAUCCCAUAUGCAGAUAAUCAAUAUUUCGUCCGCAAUGAUCUCCGAAAUUACCCUCUCUACUAUGAUGUUUUCCAAAAUUCGUCCAUCGUUUUUGCUUCCUUUGGCAAUGUUGCCUCCACCAUUCUUGUCAUCGCAACAGAUAGCACAUCAGCAACUGUUGCCGCGCAGGGAUUAAAUGGCUACGGCAUUCCACACCAAAACCUCAUUGUCCCACAGACCGGGGCUGCCCUUCCAACGCUGAGCUCCUCUGCCGGUGGCAACUUUGGUGGUAUCAUCGUUGCUUCCGGCGUCGCUUAUGAGUACAGUGCCAGCAACUAUUCGAGUGCUCUCACCAAUGAUCAAUGGAAUGCUUUGUACGAGUACCAGAUCGCGUACGGAGUUCGUAUGGUACAAUAUGGCAUAUUUCCCACUCUUGAUGCGGGAGUGGUCGCCUCGGGCGGCUGCUGUAACACCAGCGUCUUGCAACCUAUCUCCCUUACCAACACAAGUGCAUUUGCGCAAGCUGGCCUAAAGGAGAAUGCUGCGCUGGACACAUCAGGCUUAUACCAUUACCCAUCCACGAUUUCGAAUACGACGACCACAACUGCCAUUGCGGAAUUCGGGUCCGCAAGCGACGGCAGCUUUACCUCCAACAGCGUUGCUGCCGUCAUCAACAACUUCGAAUCUGGCCGACAGCAAAUGGUCUUCUUCAUUGAUUUCUCACCAAAUUGGUCGGCGACCUCGUCAAUCCUUCAACAUGCGUACAUUACCUGGCUUACGAGGGGCUUAUACGCAGGCUACCGUCGUGUCAACCUGAACACUCAAAUUGAUGACAUGUUCCUUGAGACCGACUUGUAUCUGCCUAGUGGUACGACCUACCGUGUCACCCCAGACGACUUGACUGGAAUUGUCAACUGGCUACCUUCAGUUCGGGCGCUUAUGCCUGCAGGUAGCAACUGGACCGUGGAAAUCGGAUUCAACGGUAAUGGCAACAUCGAACAGGCCGAGGCUACCGAUCAAGGGUAUCAAGUGUGUUCGCCCGACUCUAUUGAGUACGGUGACCAGCCCGACACCGCCUUGGAGUUCAAGAAGCCGUUGGGAUCAGGCACAGACAUCUGGCCGGCCACUCCAACAACGUACAACUACUCUGUAGACUGUUUGAACCUCGACCCUUUGAAGACGUGGUUUGACACGAAUGUCCACUAUUUCAACACCAUCAGCCAUACUUUUACGCACGAAGACGAAGACAAUGCUACGUACGCAGACGUCCUCAAAGAAAUUGAAUUCAACCAAGCCUGGCUCACUGCAACUGGGAUUGGUUCGGGCAACUUCACCGCGAAUGGUCUUAUCCCUCCGGCUAUUACUGGCUUGCACAAUGGAGACGCCUUGCGAGCAUGGCACGACGCGGGUCUUGUUCAGUGUGUUGGAGACAACAGCAGACCCGUGCUCCGCAAUCAGGAAAACGAUAUGUGGCCCUACAUUACUCAGGAGGCCGCUGAUGGAUAUGCCGGCAUCCAAGAAUGGAUCAACACGUCGGCUGGCAGUGGUACGUUCGACGACCUCCUGGCAGCAGAAAAGGCCGACUCCAUCCGCUAUCUGGGCGGACUUUAUCAUGAUGCGUUCAUGUUCCAUCAGGCCAACCUUCGUACGACUGGGGACCUUGGAACGACAACAAUCAACGGCGUUGCGUCUACUAUCGGCAUUUUCCAGGCCUGGGUGGAAACUGUUGUCCAAGAAUACGUUCGUCUCUUGGAAUGGCCCAUCAUCUCCAUGCAGCAAGUAGACUUCUCUGCCAACUUCGCCAACCGCAUGACCCGUGAUGCCUGCUCCUACGGGCUCACUUACGAUAUCACCUCCGGCAGCAUUACCGGCGUCACAGUCACAGCCAGCGGAAACACCUGCGGCACGUCUAUCCCCGUGACCGUUCCAGGCUCUGUGACGGACACCCAGGGAUUCACAACCGAGCAGAUUGGAUCGGAUCCAUUAACAAUUUGGGUGCAGCUGUCUGGGUCUCCUGUAUCCUUCACUCUCUCGCAACCUGUUGCUCUGUGA